CGAGGCCGCGGUGGCCGGCGGGGGGCGGGCGGCGGCGCCGAUAAAGGGCCGGGCGCCGGGCGGCGCGGCAGAGCGGAGCGGCUGCGGCGCGAUGGGGAUGCUCAACCUGCCGGGCUUCCUCUCCUGCUGGAAGAAGAAGGAUUUCAGUUUGUCAGCGGAAAAAGAUGCCCAUGCCAGCAGCAGCGAUGAGAACCAGGAGCGUGGCAACUGGACGAACAAAAGUGACUACCUGCUCUCCAUGGUGGGCUAUGCUGUGGGCCUGGGCAACGUCUGGCGGUUUCCCUACCUCACCUACCAGAACGGCGGAGGUGCCUUUUUAAUCCCGUAUACGCUGAUGCUGGCGUUAGCCGGCUUGCCCGUAUUCUUCAUGGAAUGUUCCCUUGGGCAGUUCGCCAGCCUAGGGCCCAUUUCUGUGUGGAGAUUUUUGCCAUUGUUUCAAGGAGUGGGCAUCACGAUGGUCUUGAUUUCAACAUUUGUGUCGAUCUAUUACAACGUUAUCAUUGCUUACGCACUCUACUACUUAUUUGCCUCAUUUCAAAAAGUGCUGCCGUGGUCACAGUGCUUUUCCUGGGCAGAUGAGUUCUGCAGCAAAACAAAAAUAGUAAGUGACUGCAAUGCAACCUUAAAUGGUGAAAUCAUUCAUGCAAACUACUCUUACAUCACAAGCAACAAUCUCACAUGCAUCAAUGACACCAUUAACUAUAGAUCAGUGCAAUUUCCCAGUGAGCAGUACUGGAAUAAAGUGGCUCUUCAGCGGUCGAGUGGGCUGGAUGAGACGGGUCACAUUGUGUGGUACCUGGCUCUCUGCCUCCUCCUGGCCUGGAUAAUUGUCGGAGCUGCAUUAUUUAAAGGAAUAAAAUCUUCUGGAAAGGUUGUCUACUUCACAGCACUCUUCCCAUAUGUCAUCCUACUCAUCUUGCUGGUGCGAGGUGCCACCUUGGAAGGUGCUCUGAAUGGCAUUGAAUAUUACAUUGGGAGACAGUCCAACAUCACCAAGUUGAUGGAGGCAGAGGUUUGGAAAGAUGCAGCCACGCAGAUAUUCUACUCCUUGUCAGUGGCAUGGGGUGGACUGGUUGCUUUGUCCUCGUACAAUAAAUUCCACAACAACUGCUACUCAGAUGCUAUUAUAGUUUGUGUAACAAACUGCCUCACCAGCGUGUUUGCUGGGUUUGCGAUAUUCUCUAUCUUGGGACAUAUGGCGUAUGUGUCAGAGAGACCCGUCUCGGAGGUUGUAGACUCAGGGUUUGAUCUGGCGUUUGUUGCUUACCCAGAGGCUCUCUCCCAGUUACCAGUUUCCCCUCUUUGGUCCUUUUUAUUUUUCUUUAUGCUUCUGCUCUUGGGCCUUGACUCACAGUUUGCCACCGUAGAAACACUUACAACCACCAUACAAGAUAUAUACCCUAAAGUGAUGAAAAAGUUGAGAGUCCCCGUAACCCUGGGUGUGUGCAUAUUGCUCUUCUUUCUUGGUCUUGUCUGUGUCACUCAGGCAGGAAUUUACUGGGUUAACUUAAUAGAUCAUUUCUGUGCUGGAUGGGGAAUCCUUAUUGCAGCUGUCCUGGAAAUAAUAGGCGUCGCCUACAUUUAUGGAGGAAACAGAUUCAUUGAAGACAUUGAAAUGAUGAUUGGAAAGAAGAACUGUUUCUUCUGGUUGUGGUGGAGGGUGUGCUGGUUUUUCCUUACUCCCGUGCUCUUAACGGCAAUUUUGCUCUGGUCUCUGAUCACAUUUUCACCUCCCACUUAUGGCUCAGUCUCGUAUCCAACAUGGGGAACUGCUGUUGGCUGGUGCAUGAUUAUCUUCUGUGUCAUCUGGAUUCCCAUUGCUGCUAUUGUAAAGAUAGCUAGAGCUGAAGGAAACCUAUGUCAGCGCAUUGCAAGCUGCUGCAGGCCAGCUGCAAACUGGGGUCCCUAUCUGGAAAGUCAUCGAGGAGAAAGAUACAGCCAUAUUGUAGAUCCCAAAAAGGAAAACGAACACGAGAUCCCCACUGUGUCUGGCUUCGUAUACAAACGAGAAUGAGAUGCCCAUUCAGAUGACAUUUUUUUUUUUAACAAAUUUAUGUUAAACUAUUAGAAGGUGACAAUGCAAAAUCAAAAAAAAAAAAAAAAAAAACCCAACCAAACCCACAUCAACCCCCUGCCCUCAAAAACGCAGCCUGCAGAUGAAAGCAAGCCAUGUUAUUUAUUUUUAGUGCUGUGUGUUUGGGGAGCAACAGAUCAUAAAUUAGACGCUGAGGUCUCCCCAGAUACUUAGGUUACGAGGGCAGGGAAGUGGAUUCCAGCCUCGCCAGGCUGAUGGAGUGGGCAUGCUCAACCCAGUCCAACCAGUAUCCAGCUGGACUGCAGAUGCUGGUGUGGAAGAAAAUAAAGAGACAUUCUGGUGCUCUGCAGCUAUGUGAAGUUUGAGCCAACUGGUGCUGUGCUUGCAUGCACCUAAAUACCACAGUCUGUGGGCAGUCACCAGCUUCUGCUGUGCUUCGUGCUCCCCAGGGCUGCACGGGCAGCAGAGGGGUGAACGGGUAUGCUGCUGUCUGGCCCUGGAGCCCAGGGAAUAUGAAUAACUUUUUUUUCCGUCUAAGCCUUGCUCAAUGCUGUGAGGCUGCUCAGGAUUUAAUGUUGACUAAAGUGUGUGUGUUUUGUCUGUGUAUAUAUAAAUACUAAGCGGCAAAAAAAAUUUUACCUUGCCGUGGAAUAAGGCUAUAACAUGGUGAAAAGCAGGCUUCCUUAUAUUUAUCACUGUUCCUCUAGGAGUCCCCAAAGGGUCAUCUUUUGUGUCAUGCCCCGUGCUCGGCAUUUGUGUGUCUGCGGUUCUGAAACCGUGUGUCCCCAUACUCUGUCACUAGCUCAGGCUCUGCAGAAUGAAAUAGUAACCUUUGAUUUCUGCUGUGUCUGCUCUCCCUACAUUCAUCAAGGCUUUACCUAUCAGUUUGUUCUCUGCAUCUUCUUUCGCUCUGGCUGGAGUUUUUCCUAGCAAAGGGCUUAAACCAAAGUGAUUUUUUUUUUUUUUUUUGAAGAUUCAAACAGUGCAUUGGUCUUGUGGUACAGCCAAAAGAAGCAGAGGUUCACCCAAAGUGAAGGUUACAACUGCCUUGUAAUGCAAAGUCCAGGCAGUCCAAAAUCAUGAGAUUGGGGCAUCCAAAAUAAUGAGAUUUUUGAAAACUCUGAAAGUGUUCAGAUCUUCAAUUUGAUUUUGCUUUGGUGUCUUUACGAUUCAACACUUCUCAGCUUUUCUUGAGAAAAGAGAGCAGAGCUUUGUGUUAUAAUCUGACUCCAGGAGUUGGGGCAUUAAGGAAAACGCAGUCUGUAAUGCAUUUGGUCUUUGCGUAGGAAGUAGGGGAUUAGGCUAAGAGAAGCUGACUUCACUCAUAAUACAAGAGGAUCCCUCAUAAGCAAACAAAAAAGAUCUGUUGACUGAAUCCAUGUGUUCUGUGUGCUGAGAGGUCACUAUCACUGUGAUAACGGUUCCUUGGGAACACUAUGGCAGGGUUUCUGUCCGUCGCUUCCUCUCAGGGCUUUGUCACUGUUUCUGGACACGAAGGAAUGUGGAUAGUUGCCCGAGCUGCAUACCUCAGUGUACAUUUUAUACCGGCAUUUUUGUGACAAAUCAACACUUUAUAGCAAAUAAAAUGUCAUCUUUUGUUUGUAA